AUGACUGUCACUUACUCCAGUAAAGUAGCAAAUGCGACUUUUUUUGGAUUUCAUAGGUUACUCUUCAAGUGGAGAGGCAGCAUCUACAAACUGCUGUACAGGGAAUUUAUUGUUUUUGCUGUUCUUUACACAGCAAUAAGUUUGGUGUACAGAUUGUUACUUACAGGAGCCCAAAAACGUUACUUUGAAAAAUUAUCAAUUUACUGUGACAGAUAUGCUGAACAAAUUCCAGUAACCUUUGUACUUGGGUUUUAUGUUACUCUGGUGGUGAAUCGAUGGUGGAACCAGUUUGUCAAUCUGCCCUGGCCGGACAGGCUGAUGUUCCUCAUCUCCAGCAGCGUCCACGGAAGCGACGAGCACGGGCGCAUGCUCAGGAGGACGCUGAUGCGCUACGUCAACCUCAUGUCCCUGCUCAUCUUCCGCUCGGUGAGCACAGCUGUGUACAAAAGGUUUCCAACAAUGGACCACGUGGUCGAAGCAGGUUUUAUAACAGCUGAUGAAAGGAAAUUAUUUGACCACCUCAAAUCUCCUCAUCUGAAGUACUGGGUUCCAUUCAUCUGGUUUGGAAAUCUCGCAACUAAAGCUCGGAAUGAAGGUAGAAUCCGAGACAGUGUUGAUCUGCAAUCAUUAAUGACUGAAAUGAAUCGGUACCGCUCUUGGUGCAGCCUCUUAUUCGGUUAUGACUGGGUUGGAAUUCCGCUGGUUUAUACCCAGGUCGUCACUCUUGCUGUCUACACCUUCUUUUUUGCGUGCCUGAUUGGACGCCAGUUUUUGGAUCCCACCAAAGGCUAUCCGGGGCAUGACUUAGAUCUUUACAUUCCAAUCUUUACUCUCCUACAAUUCUUCUUCUAUGCAGGAUGGCUCAAGGUAGCUGAGCAGCUUAUCAACCCUUUUGGAGAAGAUGAUGAUGAUUUUGAAACUAACUGGUGCAUUGAUAGAAAUUUGCAGGUCUCUCUUUUAGCUGUGGACGAAAUGCACAUGAGCUUACCCAAGAUGAAGAAGGAUAUUUACUGGGAUGAUUCUGCCGCUCGACCCCCAUACACACUGGCAGCUGCUGACUACUGCAUACCCUCAUUUCUGGGGUCAACAGUCCAAAUGGGGCUGUCUGCAUCUGAUUUCCCUGGUGAGGAGUGGCUGUGGGAUUAUGAGAAGCAUGGGCAUCGGUAUUCCAUGAUGAGAAAAGUCAAGCGGUUCCUAAGUGCCCACGAACACCCCUCCAGCCCCAAGAAGAGAAGCUAUGGGAGGCAGACCAGUGACAGCUCCGUGUUUUUCCCCCAAAGCCCAGCCAGGGAUCUGCUGGACGUGCCCUCAAGAAACCUCUACAGAGCCUCACCCACGCUAAAGCAAUCCUACUCCCUGGAGGAGAGCCCCAAGCUGCAUUCCAGCAUGGGAGAACUGUCCACCAUCAGGGAGACCAGCCGGGCAAGCACUUUACAGAGCCUGACCCCACAGUCCAGCAUGAGGUUUUCCCCCACCAAAAUGCCCCAGAUCCCUGAGGUCUUGGUCACAGCAGCCACAGCACCAAUGCCCACAUCAGAUGGCCACCACCAUGACUCCACUACCUCCAUCUCGAGCUCUGAGUUUACUGGGGUUCUGCCAAGCAGUACUGGGCAGCAGAAGGACCCAGUGAGAUCAAGCCUGUCCCCAUCAGAGAAGGGGACACCUCCUAGGGGACCCAGUCCCCAGACUGUUUCAGCCAACACUGAGAGAACCAUAUUCAAAUUUGAGGAAGACCCAAAUGAUAAUGACAGGUUCCUGAAAAGGUGUAGCCUCCCAGGGUUCCUAGAGUCCAGACACACCUCCCUGCAAAACCUAAAUCCAGAUCCCAUGAGCUCUGAGCCAGCUCUUUUAGUUGACACAGAAACAUCCUCAGAGACCAGUGGGAUCCACAUUGUGGCUGGCUCUCUAGUCUCUCCUGAUACGCUGUAUUUAAUGGAAAACCUGGACACCAAGGAAACAGAUAUCAUAGAGUUUAACAACAAGCAAACUGAGGAAUCACCCAAAGGAACUCCACAAAGCUCUAGGACCUGGUUCUAG